GGCCACAGCACCAUCUUCCACUGCAGGCUGCUCUGUCUUGCUCCCUGGCCAAAUGGCGCCGCGGCCACUGGGCCCCUUGGCGCUGGCCCUGGGUGGCGCCGCAGCCGUGCUGGGCUCGGUGCUCUUUAUCCUUUGGAAAGCUUACUUCGGCCGCGGCCGGGAGCGGCGCUGGGACCAGGGCGAGGCCUGGUGGGGCGCGGACACUGCCCGCCUCCCUCAGUGGGACGAGUGGGAGCCUGAGGACGAGGAAGAUGAGCCGGCAUUGGAGGAGCUGGAACAGCGCGAAGUGUUGGUGCUGGGCUUGGAUGGCUCAGGGAAAAGCACGUUCCUGCGCUUGCUGGCCGGGAAGCCACCGGUGGAAGGCCACGUCCCUACCUGGGGCUUCAACUCAGUUCGGCUGCCUACCAAGAAUUUCGAGGUGGACCUGUUAGAGAUUGGUGGCAGCCAGAACCUGCGCUUCUACUGGAAGGAGUUUGUCAAUGAGGUGGACGUGCUGGUGUUCAUGGUGGACUCGACCGACCGGCUAAGGCUGCCCUGGGCUCGGCAGGAGCUGCAGAAACUGCUAGACAAGGACCCAGACCUGCCUGUUGUUAUAGUGGCCAACAAGCAGGACCUGAGCGGGGCCAUGAGCAUGGUGGAGCUGCAGCAGGAGCUGGGCCUCCUUGCCAGUGACAACCAGAGGGAGGUUUUCCUCUUAGCAGCCAGCAUUGCCCCUGCGGGAUCUGGCUUUGAGGAGCCCGGCACUGUGCGCAUCUGGAAGUUGCUCCUGGAGCUUCUGUCCUAAGAUGGACCCACCCACCUGCUGCCCAGCCUUGGAGACCACAGUUCUGCCUUCUCCUGCAUCGUUGUUGCUAACCUAGGCCUUGGGCAGGAGCAUCAUAGCAGCGCUUCUUCUCUCCCUCAAGAGCAAGGCCAGAUCCAUGCAGAAACCUUCCUGGUGGGGCUGAGGUGGGGAGGACAGUGACAGCCUCACUUACAGGCCACAGUGUAGCUCCAGCUUCCUUGCCUUCCUGCAGGGUGAUGAUCAGCAGGCUCAGUGCCUCCUCCCUGCAGGUCCCACUGGUUGAAGCAGUGUGGAUGUCACAGGUACUUCUGAGCCUUUGUCCCCCAUCUCCCGGUUCACUCCUGGUGACGUCAUGCACUGUCCAUGUGGGAAGGUUCUGGGCAGAACACAGCAAGUCCUUGCUCCUAGUCCCUCAUCAUCCCCCAGCCCCUGCUCUGUCUGUGGCCUUGUUUCUGCCUUCCUAGCCCCCAGGCCAUUAUUUUUAAAGGUGAUUUCCAUGGUUUUCUUCUAAAUGGCAAACCUGAAAACCUUAGCAGAGUCUUCUGAACACCUCCCUGCUGCGCAGGCCUGGCCUUGCCAGCCUUUACUGACCACAAAGUGCAGUUCACUGAAUAGGGUGAAGGGUGGUUUUGCCCAGGCCCGGAGACAACCUGCUGCUUUUGUACUAACUGUGCCAACGCCCAUGUUUACAUAAGUCUAGAGAAGGAAGGAGCCUGAGUUCUGGAACAAGACUGGAGCUGGGGACGGGGGUGGCAGCCUCAGAAUGGCAUUUUAUUUAUUUAUUUAUGUAUUUAUCAAAGGAAUGGGCCAAAGUUCUAGGUUCUGUUUCUAGGUGCUGUAAUGAAAACCCUAGGAGACUGUCAUAGAAAAUUUGAGGCUUUGAGAACUGUCUAGAAUCAUAAUUGAGAUUAGGCAACCUAUGUGCCAGCGGAGACACAGAACUGUAGCUUUCCCCUCCCCCAAACUGGCCUUGAGACCAUGACUGGAAGCAAGUACCUCAAGGAAACCUAGUACUCAUGGCCCAGGACACAGGACUAGAAGAGCCAACAAAAUGACUCUUCCUGUACCCACAGAGGGCACAUCACCAAGACUUCUGGGAUCAUUUAUUCGCCAGCCAAAAACAGAGACUGAACUUCUUUCUGUAUUCUCUGAAGCGAACAUUCCAUGCCUGGAGAUUAGCCAAUGCAGAGCUGGGCCCCAUGGCGACCCUGGUGCAGGCAGAGGAGCCUUUGGUGGGCCAGGGACACUGAAUGAGAGCAACACUCAGUGGACUGCCGUUUUGGGACAGUGUCACUCUGUAGUUCAGGCUGGCCUUGAAUUCAUGUCACUUGUCCUUCCUCAGCCUCCCCUGUGCUAGGAUUAUGGAAAGCAUUGGGUCAUCACGCCGGGCUUUUGGCGUGCUGUUUGAGGAUGCACUGUGUGUGCUGUUUGCCGACUGCCCAGCAGACAGCCCAGGAAGCGGGAAGCUUCCGAGGUGAAGUGAGCACAAUCAUGGGUGGGGGGUUAUGCUAUGCCCUGGGACCCCAUCCCACAAGAGUGAAAUUACUACAAACUGAUCACUCUCAUUAGAAGUGAUUUUUCUGCUUUUGUAUUAAAUAUUUAAAGAACGACUAGGAUUUUAGAGUAUUUAAAAUUUUGUUGGACACUGUAUGUCUGCUCUGAAGAUUCCACCUCACUCUUCAGUGCUAAAGUUACCUUACAACCAGACUUGUUGAGAGGAUUUCUUUUUCCUAACUGAACAACCUUUGUCUAAUGAGUUGCAUCAUGUACAAUUGUCAUAUUGUCCAAGGUUGGGGGGGAUUUAAGAAUAAAGAAUUUCACUGUG